UACCAGCAUGGAGACUCAGGAUCAACUAGAGACACAGAGCUUCAAGCAGAGAAAAGACAUCAUGAACGUGAAAUUAACAGUAACAGUCCACACACCUCUGCUGUGAUCAACUUAAAUACAGGUAAAAAGCCUUUAAAAUGUGACGUAUGUGGUAAAGUUUUUGAGUGCAAGUCAAAAUUGCAGAGACACCUGAAAAACCACACAGGUGAGAAGCCGAUUUCUUUCAAAACAUGUGGGAAAAGAGUCAAUGACAUAUCAGCAUUGAGUGCUCAUAUAAGAACCCACACAGGUGAGAAGCCGUAUACUUGUAAUGUAUGUGGGAGAGCUUACGGACGUAAUGGUGACUUGAAAGUCCACAUGAGAAUCCACACAGGUGAGAAGCCCUACCUUUGCAAGACCUGCGGGAAAAGAUUCAGUGACGUAUCAGUAUUGAGAAGGCAUUGUGGAAUCCACACAGGUGAGAAGCCACAUACUUGUAAAGUAUGUGGGAGUGCUUUCAGACUUAAUUCUUACUUGAAAAUCCACAUGAGGACUCAUUCAGAUGAGAAGCCGUAUAAUUGUAAAGUAUGUGGGAAAGCUUUCAGACGUAAUGGUGACUUGAAAGUCCACAUGAAAAUCCACACAGAUGAGAGGCCGUGCCUUUGCAAGACCUGCGGGAAAAGAUUCAGGAAUGUCUCCGUAUUGACAAAGCACAUGAGACUCCACACAGGUGAGAAGCCAUUUAUAUGCAAAAUGUGUGGGAGAGGUUUUACAGGGAAACAUUGCCUGAUUAUCCACAUGAGAAACCACACAGGUGAGAAGCCCUACCUUUGCAAGACCUGCGGGAAAAGAUUUAGUGACGCAUCAGUAUUGAAAAGGCAUUGUAGAAUCCACACAGGUGAGAAGCCACAUACUUGUAAAGUAUGUGGGAGAGCUUUCGGAUGUAAUGGUUCCUUGUUAGUCCACAUGAGGAUUCACACAGGUGAGAAGCCGUAUACUUGCAAAAUAUGUGGGAGACACUUCAGAACUGUCAGUAACUUG